AUGCUCGCCUCUCUCUUCUCUCCUCAGGACAGCAAUGGUAAGCUGUUCCUCCCCAAAAGUGCUCUCUCCCAGGAUGUUUGCACAUAUAGAGACAUCAUCUACAGGACAGUGGUGAUGCCAGGCUGCCCUCCCCAUGUCAUCCCCUAUGUCUCCUACCCUGUGGCUGUGAGCUGCAAGUGUGGCAAGUGUAACACGGACUACAUCGAUUGCAUACAUGAGAGCGUCGCGACGAACUACUGUACGAAACCCCAGAAGCCCUAUUUGGUGGGAUUUCCAGCUUGA